AUGGGGACUGGCGAUGGCGAUGGGAAGCGCCUACGAGAAGCAGGGACGGGGACUGGAAAUGGCAAUUGCGAGCGGGGAGCGACUACGGGGACUGGCAAUGGUGACGGGAAGCGGGGACGGGAAGUGGCAACGACGACAAGGACUGGCGGAGGGAAGCGCCGAUGCCCUCUCUCGAUUCAGUUUGCACGAAGACGAAGGAGAUGA